AUGUACAACAUCCAGGAAGAGAACGCCUUUCGAAAGGACUUGGCACCCGUCGCAUGGAUUGUCAGCAACUGCAGGACGAGGAACGGAUGCCGACAUUAUGUCGAGCAACUGUUGAAGCACAUCAAAGUAGACAUCUAUGGAAAAUGCAUGACGAACAUGGACUGGUCAGAGUAUCAGGUUAUGAGACGGUACAAGUUCUAUCUCAGCAUCGAAAACAAUUACUGCGCCAACUAUGUGACGGAGAAGAUCCAGCACCCUUACUCCGUGGGAGUUGUGCCCAUCCUGGACGGAUUCAAGGAUUACUCCCGUUUCCUGGCAACCAACCACUCCUCUCUCCGACUAGACGAUUUUGCAACAUCUAAGCAACUCGCUCAUCGCAUUCUUGAACUGGACCAGGACGACGCCCCCUAUAUGAUGUAUCUGGACUAUAAGGAAUCCACCACCUCAUUUGAGUCGUUGCUCCACCCAAGUCUACUCGAGACGUUUGAUGUCUCCCAAGGAAACUGGGGACCCGAUGGAGACGGAGCUCGUUGUAGAAUCUACAAGAUGGCACGCGAGAUGGCUGAGGGCGCCUACCAGUUCAACUCCAGCAAGGUCAUUGGCACCGACACGGCCUGCGACAUGGGAAAGUGGGCGCAUAUCGGUCAGAAAGCCGAGUUUAUUAUACAAGAAGCCGAGCGUAUACAAGGAACUGAGCAUCUCAGAGAGGAAGCCGAGCUGCACUGGUGGCUCGCUGCUGUGGUAAUGGCCCUGGGUGUCUUUACAUGCGUGAUUCUUAUCACUAUCUGCUAUAAGAGUCAUAGGGCGAGAUGGUCUCUCCAGGCGCUCGCAAACAACCUGACGCUGAAUGGUUGGAGAGAGAAGACGAUGGAUGAUGGUAGCGAGAAUGUGAGGACUACCAGCUUCUGA